AUGGAGCGCUACCCUGGUUGCUGCCAACUCAGUGAUGUCAUCUUCAACUGCAAUGCGACCUCCCCUCCUGGCCUUGUGCAAAACUCCCUUAAUGAGGCGUCUGUGCUCCUGGCUGCUUCCCUGUUGGCACUCAGGAAAGCAAAGGGCCUGCUGCACAAAUCCAUCUUUGCAGGCAUUCAUCUUUAUUGUUGCAAACUGACCCAAAGUACCUCUCUCCCUCCGAUGAGCCUGAUUGAAAUUCAAUGGGAGAAAAAAAAAAUGCCAGGAGAACAAUUUGUCCUUAACUAAACACAGCCUUUUUCUCCCCCCUCCCCCUCCCCCUCUGUGCAGGAGCUGCUGUUAGUUUGCUUCCAAGAUUCUCCUUCGGGCAAGGAUAAAAGAUUGGGAGCCUGAAUUUCUAAACAUUAGCUAAAUCUAGUGGAUGGACCCGUCCCCACACUUCUUCACUAUACAGCAUUUACAGUCAGAUGCAAAAUACUAUACACAAGCUGCAGAAGCAAUCCCCCAAGAAAGUAACAUGAGAUUCCUCUUCUCUGUUACAGGAGCCUAUUUCCUCCGGACAAAGCCUGCAUACAAGGCAAGGCUGCACCUUUUUAUUCUGAUAAACUGCCCUGGUCAUUUUAUUUUAAACAGCAGUUGAGAUUACUGUGCUAAUCACUAAAGAAAAUGCAUGCAUUCCCAAUAGGGCUUCUUACUGAGUUUGCUCCGUUUAUUUGAUAGGAGCAUAGGAAGCUGCCUUGGACAUAGCUCAUGUGGCUAGAGUGUGAUGCUGAUAGCACCAAGGUUGAAGGCUGCAUAUUCCUGCAUUGCAUGGGGCUGGAUUAGAUGAUCUUCAAGGUUCCUUCCAACUCUAGAAUUAUAUGAUUUUAUGUAUAUACCAAGUCAGACCAUCUAGCAAAGCACUGUCUAUGCUGACUGGUAGCAGCACUUCAGGAUUUGAGACCGGGGUCCCUCCCAGUCAUACUUGGAGACGCUGGGGAAAAAAUGCUCUGUUUCCCUGAAGUUCAGGGGAAGUAAUUUCCCAGCUGUCUUUCUAUGUAGUUUGCAUCCUAUUCUGCCCCUAGGUGGCUCACAUGUGGACCUCAUUUUAUCAAUCCUGCAAUGUAGGUUAGUCCGAGGAAAUUAGACUAACAAUUAACAAUCCUGCAAUGAAGGUUAGUCUAAGGAAUGAUUUACCCAAGGUCAUUCAGUGAGCUUCUUGCAUGAGCAAGGAAUUGAACCUGAGCUUCUUACAAUCAAAUCUGUGAUAGAGCCACUUCUGAAAGACACAAAUAUAUUUUUCUGGGAAGUUUGUGAAAAUAUUGCAUAAGAAUUAUAACAUAUGUCUGCCUUAGACAAUGUCCAUAUGGCAAAACUCUUGAGAGAAUGUUCACACUUUACUCUCUCUGGAAUUCUAAAGUACGUAGAUUAUGCUUCCAAUAUUACACCACCACAAAUCUUGUUGUUUUCUGCGUGUACACCCAACAUUCUAACCCAGUUUCCCUCAACCUGACACCCUACAGAUAUUUAGGACUACAACUGCUAUCAUCUCUGACCACUGGCUAUGCUGCCUGGGGGUGAUGGGGCUUGUACUCCAGAACAUCUGGUGGACACCAGGUUGUAGGAAGGCUGCUGUAGCAUGAAUGGUUUUGCUUAUGCUUCAGGGAGUGCAUUUGACAAAUGCUGUCUCCGAAGGUUUGAUGAUGUCAUCACUGUACUCUCAGUGGAAAGUUCCGUUGACGUUAGCCAAAACUGGACAAGGUCUCUAGCACUAGGAAAUGUUGUAUUUUCCUAAGGGUGGCCAACGGAGCAUGAAUAGCUUCAUAUUCACAGCAAACAUGAUGGUGAUAGAGAAUACCUAUGUGAGAUACAAUAUAUAUAUAUUUUCAAUCAGUCACUGGUAAUUCUAUUCUGUGGCUCCCAAGGCCUGUUUGCAAAAAUAUAGUAAUAACCUAUUCUUGCAGUUAGAUCACGAGUUGGUUGGACAGAAGGAGAAGAAGAGCAGAGCAUGAGGAGGUAAUGCAAGACAGUGUGAGGGCAGCAGCUGCCUAACAAUACUAGCACACAGCUUCACCAUUUCAUUGCAGAGCUUGUGAUUUGGGCCUCACAUGAUUGCAAUAAAAUCACAAGAGCAGCCAUCUGGGUGUAUAUGCAUAUAUUUGGCAAUCCACAAUGGCACAGUAUCUUCACAACAGUGAGACCUUCUGAUAGACUAAUCAAAAUGUAAAACAUAGAGGACACUUGAAGUCUGCUAGUGCUUUCACUAUACUUCUCCUCAUUAACAUCUCGUAUCAGUGUUGUGCUAGGCACUGUGCAAAACACAGAAAUUAUACAGAGCCUGCUGAGAGUUCUUGCAGCCUACAAUAGCCAGGCAUGACAGGGAUGGACAGAGGCCAUUGGGUAGUUGACAGUUAAGGCACAACAGAGGAAAUUAGGGGCUGCUGUGGUCCGUAUACUUAUGGAAGUGAAGUGCUCUGAAGUAAGAGACACCUGUGAUGGCCUCAGGAAUAAUCAAAAUAAGAGAUAUUUGUCAACCAACAUCUUAACUAUGGUAGGGGCAAAUAGUGGCACAUAAAUAGUGGCACCUUAACUCAGAUGGAGUUGCAAAAUGAGCCUUAAAAGCCAUGUUGAUAGAUGAUAGAUAGAUAGAUGAUAGAUAGAUAGAUAGAUAGAUAGAUAGAUAGAUAGAUGAUAGAUAGAUGAUAGAUGAUGAUAGAUGAUGAUAGAUAGAUAGAUAGAUAUUCAGACCUAUCUGUCUGUCUGUCUGUCUGUCUGUCUAUCAUCAUCAUCAUCAUCAUCUAUCUAUCUAGAUAUAAUGUAUUGCAAUAGGCCCCUCUGAAUCUGUGAGUUUUCUGAAUGUGUCUCAUGCUCAGACCAGUUUGUGCAAAGAAUUUAUAGCCAAGCUGGGGACACAUAGAAAUGCAAAGAUGCAUAGAACAACACUGUUACAAGUAACCAUAUUCUGUUUCUGACAGCAAUGGCCAAAAAGACCUGGUAGUAUAUUUUGUGACCAAAGACACUGGACGAGGAUGCUGGAAGCAUGGUGGUAGGUGAUGUACAGUUGACGACUCACCCCAGUAAUACCUCCAGCUUGCUAAUGAUAUUAAUGGAAUGUACCUAUGUGAGGAGCUACUAACCAGUCAUCAGGUACACACCAUGGCAUUGAUCAGGCCACCCCAUGCCUCCAACAAGACUCCUGCCAUUAAGAGAAUGGGGCUCUAUUCCCCACUCACAAUUUGGUUCCUGUUCUGCAGUGGCAGACAUCCUGUAUCUGUCACAUCACCUCCUUGCUAUUCCUGCCUUCCUACAUUCUACAUUCCUGUAACCUGAUACCUGCACCAAAUUCAUUGAAAGAGAAUAGAAUGUAAGCAACUGCAAUCUGGAUAUGGUGAGGCUGAAAUUCUCUCCACCCGCCUCCCCACAACUCCCUGCUCUGUCUCCACACAUACACCAUCAUCCAUUUGCAUAAACUAUUAAGCAGCAAGCUAAAUAGAUGUGGCCUCUUUAGGCUGUAAUCCAGCGCUGAGAUGAGCUAAGCGCACAGCACUUACUGCUCCAUGUAAUCAAUUCCAGUGCAGCACAUUCAUUAUCGUUGCCUUUAGCAUUAAUAUGUCUCAUAAAGAAAAUGCUCCCAUGUGUUGCCCAAGGCCUCAGCAGCUUGCUCGCUGCCCCUAGUUCUCUCUGAUUUCCGCCUUUAAAAAAAUAAGUAAAUUAAAAAGCAGCUCUAAUUAUUGUCCCUGCUUCCAUGGAUGCCAUUCAGCCACUGAUCUCCAUGUGUCAUCGCCGGGUUGUGGGCAGCUGUGUGAGGUGAGCUGGGGGCCAGGAACUAUGGGAUGAGCCAGAAGUCAGGAGCAAAGGACAAAAUCAGUAAGCAGGAUCACGGAGCUAAGCCAGGUGUCAAGACUGAAGAGCAAGUCAGAACUGGAGGACACAGAAGACAGGAUUGAGGUGCAAGCCAGAGGUCAGAACCAAAGGACAAUAUAUGAACACACCAGAGCUCAGAAAUAGGUUCAAGCAAGACUCAACUGGCACAGCAAGGACUGCGCCUUCCUGUUCAGGGAGAUCCAAUGGCCAACCUGUGUGGGCAGAGUCCGUUCAGGGCCUGAGGGUUCUCCACUGAGUAGCUAUUCACAUGCAGUUCAGUGGCUCACCACAGGGGGAGCCAUCCUGAUUCCAUGGGCAUGGCUUCCAUCGCUCCUUUCUUAUGUGGAUAUAACUUUCUGAACAAUGUCAACAGAAGCUUUGUGAGCGAUAUAUACACUAAUGUUCUAUGCAGGAUGCAGCAGGUGAUUUUCCAUGUCUGUCCCUUACAGAUUUGAGGAUCUGGUAUGCUCUAAUGUGCAGGUAACGUGCAAUCUGCAUUGUGCCAUGCACCAGCCCAGUCUUCAUCUGCUCUACAGACAGUUUUGGAUUCAGGGUUGGCACAUUGGGGAGUACUGAGGAACAGCAUCAACUUAUAGCUGCCACACACCAUUCUGUUUAAGCAAGAGCCACAUGUUCUAUUCCCAUUGCUACUGCUUCAACCCAAGUGGAGGCAUGAUUAACUGCACUCCAGGCAUGGCCAGAGUUGCAAGGCAUUCAUCUUAACAUGUGAACCACUGCUUUACCAUUAACCAAGGAGGUAAAAAUCAUGGGUGUCUCUAAAGCCAGAUCUCCUAUAAUAAGGGAGCAAAAAUUUAGGUGGCCAGAAACAACUGGUGCCUAGAGCAGUUGGUCCUGGUGAGUGGGUUGGCGAAGAGCCGUUGCUGUUUUGUUUUAUGGUUUUAUUUCACAGUAGUACUUUUAAAUCUUGUACGGUGAAUUGAAUGCUGGAUGAGUGGCAUAGAAAUAUUUAAGUCCAAUAAGAUUAGUAAACGUAGCAAUGUAAAGAUAGUGAUGAUUUCCAGGUAUGCAUGCCCUCUGCCAUCUCUGUGUUAGGUAGUGCCUGAAUAGAAGCCAAAAGGACUGCACCACCAUUACAACUGAGUGGAUCAGUUCACAGGCUCCCAAGAGAGGCAGGGAUGGGGUUCAGCAAUGGAAGGAAGAUGGACCAAAGCAAGAGGCAGGUUGUCACAGCCAGAGUGCAGAACAGCAAGGAAUCAUCAUCAUCAUCAUCCUGUCAUGGGGGUACUGGGUUGCGUCCCCUCAUAAUUCUGCACCUGGGGCCAUGGCCACACACACACACACUAUGCCACUGCCAGGGGGAGUCUCUGUAAGUUCUGCAUUGUUUUAGCUGCUGACCUAGCUCUCAUAAAAGAAAUAAAAGUGCAUUAGACAACAGCAACUAAGGUGUGCCAUGCCAGGGAUGUGUGCAAAGUAAGGAAUGACAUCAGUAAAAUAAAUCCAAAUGACUCAAUUUUUGGCAUAUUCAGUAUGAGAAAGCAGAAGUUGUAUCAAGCCACUAGCCACUCCAUAUCCCAACCAGAGUGGAGUUCAGUCAUGGACUUUUCAGUAGCACGGAGUCCAAAGUUCCCUGUCGAGGUGAAAUCUGGUGUGGGCAAAACUCAUCCCUGCCCUCGGGCUGCCCACCCCCUCGAGCUCUGGGCCACUGCCUCCCCAACAAGAAUCCCCUGGCAGAGUAAUGUAGGAAUUAAGGUAUCAACUGGUAGUUGCUGUGAAGAGCUCAGGGAGGGGAGCUGUGAGGAUAACAUUGAGUCCCCCGCCUCCCAAUUUCAAUCCCCCUAAAUUGCUUACUCUCCCAUUAGGCUGCCUACAAAUGUGGUUGCAAAAUUGGGGGGCCAUUUUUGCUCAGCUCUGCUUUUCAGCCUCUCUGUGAUAACAGGCUUUUAGUCCUCUGAUACAAGUAAUUCCACACAAUGGCUGGGAUCCAAACUCCUUCAGGUGCCUACAAAGAGCGUCUUUUAAGGUGCCUGUGUGUACACAGCAGCGUUUCCCACUUUCUUCUUCUUCCUGACAACAGGUCUUUGUGCCUCAUAGCAGGAUGUUUCUGCAGUUGCUUCAGUUUUGGAGGCAGCAACAUGGUUUAGUUUAAAAACUAAUGAGUCCCAUGACUUUUUUUUUUUUUUGAGAAAGACCAUUUAAAAUGUUUGACCUCACUGAGGUUUAGAAAUCUUCUGAUCUGCAUUGGCCAUUGUGACAAAACUCCAGGAUAAUGAACUUGAUAGAAUCAACACAGGCUCAUGCCAGAUUGUCAGAAUAUGUCUGACAGAGUGCAACAGAAGGCUGAUAAAUACACCGCUCUCUGAUUGUAUGAAUGGUUGGAAUGUGUUAUACUUCCAGCUAAACUAAAUGUGAGUACAAUUAACAUGAAAGCUUUUAAAAAUGCCUAAUAGCAGCAAAGAACGAGUUCAAGCAGCAUCAGGACUGCAGGAAAAGGAGAGGGAGACAUUAGCUCUCCCUCUCCACUGUGAUCAUCCCAUUCAGACUUGCAAACAGCAGCAGGGGUGGCAAUUUUUCUAGACUAUGGCAGGGGAGGAAAGGGUUAAGCUCUUCCUCUGCACUCUGAGCUCUUGAUGUUAGGACUCGCCUACAGCUGCUAUACCUUUUUUAUUUUUCAGAAAAAUAUUUUAAUUGCAUUCAUGCAAUUAAUGUCAUGCCUAGUUUAGCCCUUAAUCAAUGUCGAUCAGCUUGAGCACCUACACUGUAGCAUGGAGUCUGGAUUUCCCUUCUUGCUUUAAUUCUGGUAACAGAAUUAGGGUGGCACUGAUUUUGGGUUUAGUGGUCAGCGUUAGUCUUUGUUGCUGCAUAUUAGCAUGGAUUUCUGCGUACCAGGAAGUUGGGCUUGAAGCAGACAGUUAGUGGGCAGGAGUAGGAACAAUGGUCAGUUGAAGAAUUCUAGGAAGUGUCCAUUUAAAGGAUUACAAAGGCACUACCUUCUUCCAAGGUGGCAGGUUCCAAGGCCACUUACACUCUGGCACCAGUGCACUCCCACUGCUGGUGUUUGGAGCUGUGUAUACGCAAUAUUACCAACAAACCUGUAGCUUCUUGAGAAAUACUGCUGUUUGAUAUGUUUUCCCCUCAAAUUACCUUCCACCUGAUUAGAAAGCCACAUUCACUUUGCAGAUGACAACUUCAUAAAUAGGAGUUGGGGAGCUGCAGGUGUGGGAAAACCAAAUAAUGUGCACCAAGUGAAGACAUUUCUGCCUCAUCUCUGGUGUACAGAAAUGUGCAAAUGUGACCUGAAAUGCAGUCUGGGAAGGCGGCCGGGGUGGGGUGGGGUUUGACCUCGCUGUGUUUUAAGCUGCUAAUGUGUACAUAGCCCAAGUCUCUUAAAGCCGGUGACUGAUGACUUAAUCCAAAUGGUUUGUUUCUCAAAUGCUUUUCUGAGUGUUUUUACUCCCCUGUUUCUAGCCAACGCUGCUAUGCAAAAUUGCCACAAGUUCUUUUCUUUUCCAAUACCUGAUGCGUUUGAUGUCCGUUUUCUCGGUCUGAAGAAAUCAAUGUCUGUAUCAGUAGAUGAAUGUAUUGGUUUUGCCUCUCCAAGACAAGCCUUUUCAAACAAGAUGGUAUAUUCUGUAGCCACGUCAUUUUAAUUAAAAAUAUACCAAGGAGCUAUUCAUACCGGGGGCACAUGAAAGGUUUCAGCAACAUGCCCUGGAGCAGUUCAAACUUAAUAAAGUCAAGGUGGGCCUUGGAGGACACCAGGCUUGCCUUUGAUGGAGCCAAAUAGAUUUAUAACAUCUUCUAACAGCAAAGAGUUUUGUUCUUAGCAAAGAAUAUUUGAUGGGGUAUAUGCAACGUACUGGGAAAAGAGUCAUGGGGGUGGGGGAGAGGGAAAAGGAAGACUUUGUUGUUUUGUUCAUUAGAGAACUCAUCUAGGAAAGUGCGGCUUAACCUCCUCUUUGCUUAUACUGUAGCAUGUUUAAUUUCAAAACAAGACUGGACCAGAACACAAACUCCAGCUUGAUUUAUCUAGUCUUGCUGCCACCUGCGAUGUCAAUUUGAUAUCUUAGAAAGAAGGCAAAUAAUCUAGGGUUGGUUAGAAGGAGGGAAGAAAACAAUAACUGAUAAGAAUAUUUACUUUUUCAGCACAUAAAAAGACCAAGGGGAUGGCCAGUGAAAUUUGUAGGCAACAGGCUUUGUGACAUUACAUGACCUUCCCUUUUUAACCUGCUUGGCUAUAGCAGAGAGCACGAGAAAAGUGGCAAAUUCAGCUAUCAGUUGAGGAAGUAUGCUAGCCAUGUUUACAUCUUUGUCAGCUAAUGAGGCCCAAGUACCUUUAUACAAUAUCCACAGCUGCUGUGGCUUUUGCUUUCCUUUGACCGUGCCAUACUGUCCCUUGCAAAAAGCUAGAGAAGUCUCUCCAUUUCUGGCAAAUGUCUCAGUUCAUUCAAUCAAUAACUGCAGCAGAAAAGGGUUGUUUGAAAGCCUUUUGAUCAAAGAUAUCGUGUGACCACAGCACAGCACAUGACUCCCUAUGGCAUCAGAGAAAUUCAGCCAAUGGCAGCCAGAGGAUAUGACAAGUGGGAAGCUGACUCAUUUGAAGGAUGUUCAUGGACCUGCUGCGAAACCUUGAAGUCUGUUGCAAGUGUCAACUUCAUUGAGACAGCAACUCAAUCACGUUUUAUUGGAUUUAGGGAAUCACCUGGUAAGAGUAAGAUAAAGAAGACUGAACUAACAGAAAAGUGAUAGAGGAGAGAGGGAGGUGGACACUCCAGGAGAUUUGACAGCGAAUAAUAUUUGCUGUUCUGAUGGGUCACCAUUGUAUGAAAUUAUAUCAUUCUACCAAAUAUAUAUUACGCACACAUGCAUUCAAAGAAAAAGAAAACAGUAAAUAUUGUACACUGUUAUGGAGUUUUAAAUUUUAUAUGUGUGUAUUUAUUUGGCAUAUGCUAUAGUGGUAAAAAGCUUGGAGGGAGAACUGAGCAUGGAGGUUGGCUCAGGUGGUCUGCAUCUUAGCCAAGGCCCUGUCAACUAGGGCAUGAGCGAGUGAGAAGAGGAGGUCCUUGCAGUUCACAAUUCUCAUGUCUCAACCCCCAAGUUGCUGGUGGUAUGGUAGCAAGCCAAUCAGCAUUUCUGCUAUGUGUAGGGUGGGGCUGGAGAUUGAUAUUAAAAGCUGCUAUAAAGAAAAACUAUGCAGGCACUAGCAACCAAACCAAUGAAUAUGGUAAGAAGCGGAGUUGGAUGGCAUGAAAAAGGCUGGACAUAAUGAAAAGCAUAUUAGAAUAUAAUUGGGCCCAACUCUUAUCUGAAUGAAGCAACUGCAUAUUUGUACCGCUUCCCCUGAUUGAUUGACAGACUGCAUUGACUUGGGGGUGUUUCUGAGCCAAACCAUGGCUUAGCCCUGGGUAGUGCAGCAGGGCCGACGGUUCACCCCGUACAGAGGCUAAUGCAAAAGGAAUAUUCUGAUGACUGCCUUUGUGGGAGCACUGACAUUGCAUCAGGACUUGAACCAAUUUCACAGAGAAGUGGUUCCCAAUUAGCAAAGUACUGUUUCCAAAAGCCAAGCCAUGAACCCCCUACUUCUGAAAAUGUCGAUACCCUGUGGUUUUUGUUCUGUGAAUGGUGCCACCAUACCCGCCAACAUGUCCCAGCGCUAAAUUGGGCUGUGCUCUCAUGUGAGUUAUGUGACCCGCAUGAGAGCAUGGCACCCAAAAGAUGCACAUCUGGCUGCAAUCUCACACGUUUUUGGGCUCUGUGUUCUCAUGCGAGAUGUCCCGGAGAGUUGAUAGAUAUGUGCCACGGACCUCCUGGAGGACCUCCAAUUGGGACCACCCUGGAGGGCUGUGGAGUUGGCUGUGUGCUGUGCUAGCUUUUGUUUCUACAGCUAUUGUUGUGGCAUGGAAUUUGCUGCUGAGAGUACAUAGGACCACAUUUAUGCUAUGCCAACAUUAGCCCUAGCAUAGAGGGACCAUAGGAUCAUCCUGAAAACAAAAAUUUGUUCCACUGUAAGAAGCAGAUGCAUAGAGCUCCGAUUAGAAUCACACAAACGCACACAUAUAUAUGGAAAUAAAUAAAUCUGACAUACUGUCAAUGUUUAGAUUAUUUUUCUUUUCUUUCUUUACAUUUUCACAAGAGCAGGAAAUUAGAGGGAGCAGACAAUCAUUAUUUAAUGGCAGCAGAAGCUCAGUUUCAGAUGCAUAUCUAGGCAAAUUCUUCCAAGCAUAGCAUACCCCCCCCCCAAAAUAUGAAGUGAUUGCUGGCUUGUGAUUGCUGGCUUGGCAUAUACAUCACCCCUGAGAGUCAAAGAUAAGGGAAAGCCGUGCAGGUCAACCCGAACAUGAAUUGUUGAUAAAAUCUAUAUAGCACACAGCACCGUGGAUUAGCAUACAUGUACAGAGGAGAGAGCAAUGGCAUUGUAACAUUUAUUACAGUGAGCCAUGAAUGAAAAACAAGCAUCAAACAGAACAUGCACACUGUAUGAGAAGAACAGGCCAACAGGGAUUGGGGGGCAAGGGGGCAGACCUUGCUACCAGACAGGUAGCAUCAGACUUUGACAAAUGCGUUUUCAUGCCUGAAGUGAAGAACAAGAUGGUGCCUCCCUUCCGUUCAAUGCACGAAAGUCAGCUGAACUGACAGAUGAAUCUUACUUCAAAAUUGAUAACGGUAUAAAUCAGUAUCCAUAUAUAUAAAUCAGUAUCCACACAUAUAAGGGAAUUCUAAUUAAAAAUAGCACAUAGAUGGCAUCACACACCAAUACAGAUGUCUAAAAUAACAUCUGGACACUUGCCAUAUUACUGGCUUGGGGGCAGAGGUACAUUUCCUCUGGUUUAUACUGGGAUUGCUUGCUGAUUUAUAUAUUUGGAUUAACAUUUAGAGGGAGAUCUCCAGUAUAUGUAGAAAUGAUAUUGUAAUGACCCGCCCAAUUUUCAUUGUUAAAUCUCUGCAAUGGCUAUGUGUGUAAUUCAUGCUCAAAAGACCUCCUAACAUGGAUGCUGGCUGCAGCCAAAACCUCGAUAGUGGAACGGUGGAAAACACUGAAGGACGUGCAGUUAACACUUUGGUACAAAAAUGUGUGGAUACUAGUGAUUUCAGACAAGGGUACUCACUACAUCACAGUGGCUCUCCCAAAGGCUGGACUGGUUCCGUGCAUUAAAGAGUGUGUGUGUGUAUAGUUGCUCUUUACUAGGACUGUAAAAGAAGGAUUCAGACAAACAUCUGAGUGAUGCAGUCACUGAGUGUGGGAACCAGCCAUUUGACUUGCCUGGCGCUACCAAACAACACCUCCUGGAAUUCCUUUGCAAGGUGUGUGGUGUGGCAGGAAGAGGAAAGUUGUGUUCUUACACUUUGGCUAUGGCAUGUCACAGCUUGGCUAUGAAGAGCUGUAUCUCAGUGACAGGGCAUUUUCCUUGUGUAUAGAAGGUCCCGGAUUUAAUCUUUGACAUCUCCAGGUAGGCAUGGGAGACACUUCUAUCCAAAACCCUGGAGAGCCACUACCAGUCAGUGUAGACGAUAUUGGGCUAGAUGGACUUGACUCAGUACAAGACAACUUCCUGUGUUCCUAGGAACUUCAAUUACUUGAUUGACCUCUGCCAUCUUCCCUUUGGCUGCUCCUCAGGAGCCACCCAGAGAGAAUGACAAGAAGUGGCUCAGUCAAGAUUUGGUAGAAAAGAUUCAGGAUUGAGACUAGGGAGGGGGAAAAAUAUUGUCAGGAGAGUUGUGGCACCUGUCACCAAUGGAAGUGAGACCUUGCCAUUACAGGUGGUUAGGAUGCUGAGGCUAAUGUAGCACAAUGCUAUUUGUUGUUGGUUGAUUCUGUGCCACAGAUGGUCAUGAUUCUGAGGGUGGCAGUGACUUUUGGAAGAAAAAGAGAGAGUAAUUUCUCCUACCAAUGGUACAUAAAAACAAAAAAAACAAAUAAACAAGUCAUCACUGAAGGAAGCUUAAUUAUCUGGCAUAUUAGUCCCAGGGAGACUGAUUAGGAAGCAGGUAGAAAUAAUUGAUCAUUCAGUUCAGUAACUGAUUACUUUGUGCUGUAGUUUAUCAUACAGUUAUCUCACUACUGUUGGCUUAAUCACUGGACCCUCAUUCCAGAUAUGGGGGAACUAGUUGUAGUGACUCAGUGGAGAGGUAUAGGCACUCCAAACAUGCUCAGAGGUAUCCUACAAUCAGCUUUCCAAUAAAGUUGUCUGAGCUUAGGUAUUGAAUAGUAUGGUGGGCUCACACUCCAGAACCCUAUGAAACCAUGGGACCAACUUAACUAAAUUUGUAGAAUCUAGUCCAUAAACUAUAUUAUGCUCAGUGUUCUCUAAUUAUAGAUGGCUGUAUAUAUAACCAUGACUGGAUGUGUGAGACACACUAAUCUGCCAGGACAAAGGGUUCAAAACCAGUGGGAGCAACUGGGAUCUAGCUGGGAAAGAGCUGUUUUGGAUUGAGAGUCAGAACUACUACUGCUCUGAGACUAGUAUCAUUUGCCCAUAUGCAAUUCCUUCUGUGUCCAUAUAAGGCCUGCUCAACCUGUACAUUCCCUAAAACAGUAAAGUGACACUUACAAGGACAUGAUAAAUCUCCAGUGCAGGUGGGUGUUUCGAUGUACAGUUCUAGCAAUGUCAGCUUGAAUCAACAUCACGACUUUGACUUCUGCAUCAACCACAACUACUGCCUCCACAAUGAAACCGAAAGGAAGGAAAGCUGCUGGCAUUUCCACCUCCAGCUAGCAGGGAAUGUAUGUAAAUUAACCACUACCAGCACCAUGCUCCUGUAAGGCUGAUAAAUGGAAAAAAUAGGGCACUUGUCAGCCACCUAAUAGGUGUCUGUGAGCUCAGAUCACAAGGAAAUGGGCUGAAUGACAGGAUGGGUAGGAGACAUGGCCAGAUUAUAAUAGGGCAGUUGGAACAAUUACACAAGAGACCAUGCUUGCAGACUCUGAACUUCAUAUCUUUUCUGCUUUUUAAAAGUAAGUCUCUAGAUCUCCAGGAAGUAAAGUUAUGAAGCAAAAUGUGCAGCCAACUUUUUGAAGCCGUUUCUGGAAGAUGAGCCAGUCUGGCUGCUCAUACUUUUCAGUGUUUUAAGCCAGUGAGUAAAGUCUGAAUUAUGUUUGAUGAGUGUUUGAAUGCUAGGCUACAGGAACCGCCAGGGUCCUAAAGAGCUGCUAUUUCCCUUGCUCUUUAGUGCACUCUUCCUGCACUGCUGUAGUUUGCCCUUCCUUUCUAGCAACCAAAAUUCACAUUUCUUGUGGUGGGUUCAUUUGAUAUCACAUACACCCGAUAUUUUCAGCAAAUACUAUUGCACAAUAGUGCAAAUGGGUGUUCAAUAAUCCUCCUUCCCCACAAAUGGCAAAUGCAAAAUGUGAAAAUGUGGAAAGAGGUCUUGAGAUGUCUCCUGCUGUGUAGGAGAUGAACUCCAGGAACUCAUUAAGAAUUCACUAUAUAGUUAACUUACAAUGCAAUGGUAAACAUGUCUGCUCCUAAGUACGUCUUAAGUAGAGCUUGACGUAGGGAAGGACAGGAUUGCAAAAUCAAACAAUCCCAACACAACUGAAUUAUUAUUAAUAGAAUAAAAAUGAUUCCAUAACAUUUAAAAAUCCAUUUUCGUUAUCUCAGUGAUUUUGCCAUUGGGAAAGAACAUUAGUAAGUGGAAACAGAUUUUGUGUUUUUUUUUGUACUGAGAAGUUAGGAAAACUCUGACUGUGCUUUUUCAUACUAUUUUACCUAUAAGAGUAAAAUCAUCACUAAAAUGAAAGCAGUUCACACUGCUUUCCACAGUCCCCUAUGCCCAGUGGCUACAGGCCUAAGUUAAUCAAUCCUAGGAAUCAAUCCUUUGUGCAUACUUACUAACCUGGGAGUAAGCUCAACUGGGCACAAGUGAGACCUAUGCAUUUAAAAUAUACAGUAAACAUGCCAAUUUAAUAUUACUUGAAGCCUUGAAACUAUACGAAUUUGCAAGGAAGGAAUGGCAAAAAACAUAGUCCUUUAUAGUACAAAUAUGCAUUAAUGGAACUGAAAUUUGAUGCCUGUGAUUCAUGCACUAAGUCCCCCUUUGCAGCCAUUGAUGCCUCUUACAUCUUCACAACAGUGAAACUGUACUUGCUUAGAAUAUUUUUUUGGAAUCCACAGAAAUUUAUGAUUAAGACACACAUGAAAAAAAAUAUGUUUAUAUCAUUUAUAUCAGGCUGCUUCUUCUGAUUCCUUUGUUCAGGUAAAGUGAAAUAGUGCAUUUCACCUGAAUUUCUGGAAAUUAUGACAUGAGAUUUUGUGAACAUUUCCUGUUUUGAUCUAGUUCUGCCCCUUUAAGACCAAGCUUGUGUGGGCUUUGCCAAGGGGGAUCGAACCCAUGAAUACCUUGGCACCCUGCAUUCAGCUGGCACUGCACACGUCACUCACAGUUUCCACAGCUGAUUGGAAUGUUCAGAACUGUACCCAGCAAAUUGCAGCUUGGUGAGGGUUUCGGAGGAGAGAAUUUGACACUGAGCAGAUUAAGAAAGCUAUACUCACUGUAUGCCUGGAGCACUGGUAUGUUUCAGAGGGCUCUUCUUGCUUCCCAGAUUAAGAAAAGGAAGUGUAGAUACUAAUUUCACAGCAACGUGGUUGUUCAUUUUCUGCCUCAAAGAGCCUCUGAGACUUCGCCUUUAUGGGUAGGAUUCACCUAAUAAGCCAUGUCAGUGAAAGCCCUGUGCAAGGCACAUUGCACAAGUGGUAAGCCUUGUACACCCCCAAAACUGGCUCGAGGGGGUGGUGGUGGUGGGAGAACUCCCAGAACAGUAAAUGGGCAAUGCCAGUGCUAUUUUUUCUAGAAAAAGAGGUGCCAAAACUCACCAUGAACGCCUCCCUUGUUCUCUUAUAAUGGCAAUGGCACCCACCAGAGGUGCUGGAACUGAGUUCCUGUGAGUUCUGGCAGAAUAAAGGCCCUGGGCCAUGCCCUGUUGGUCGCACAAUCAAUGGAGCUCACAGCCCUAACAUAAUAAAGAGAAUGGAUUGUUAUUUGUAAGGAAGAGCGUUCUGUUGUUUCAGCCGUCACCUGCCUUCUUAAUGAAUACAACCCAGAAACAGGCCUAUUCUCAGUGUAGGCUCAAGGUCAGCAUCCUGGGGCAGCUACUGUGCCCCACACCGUGCCGCCAGCACUGUCACCUUCCCCAUGCCUUCCACAUAGGGUAGUUGGCUCUGUGAGCCUCCAUUUUACUUUCUCACUAUAGCACGGAACGACGCUGCAUCUGGUGCUCUGGAGUACUGCCAGGGUUGGGGUUUGGAUUUAAAUGGCAGUCUGAGGGUCCAAAGGCCCCCUCAAACCUGGAGCUGGCCCUGCCUGUCCUUCAUAUGUUGUUUAGCAAAACUGGGCCCAUUUUGCAGCCUUUUUUUUUUUUGCAGAAGGAACUACUAAGGGAAUUUUAUAACCAGCAAAUUCUCUUCCGCAGAGUCAACUGUGCUACAGGCAUGUGGCGUGUUCUCAAUUCCCAAUCCUCUGCUGUGUCGAAUGUUUCCAAAACUCUUGCAGUAGGAACAAAGUGGGAACAGGACACAGCUGGGCUGGUCCGAUCGUCCGCCAGCUGGGAAGGCAUGAAAAGGGAGAGCUGGCAGGACUGUUUUUCACUCUGUUUCAGAGUCUGACGUUCAUAAUGUGAGGAAUGGUUCUCUUUCAAAGGACAUGAAAUGGAAAUAUUCCCCUUCUCUUGGAUGUUUUGGAAAGUGGAUUUCUGUUUGAAAAACACCUUUUGGGGCAAAGAGGUUUUGCACCAAAAUUCUUUGCCAGUUCCUGGAAUUGCUAAAAAGCAGAAACAACUGGAGAAGGUCAGGAAAUGAAAACAGCUCUGGGACAGCAGAACAUUUCAACUUAAAAGCUGCCCGCUGGUAGAAAGAUGAGUUACAGAAGCAGAACUUCACUUAGAAAAUGUGGACUUGUGUAAAUCCCAUGAAAAAACACACAAACUGGACCUGUGAUUUAAAAGUGGGAAAGCAGCAGGAGGGAAGAGGGUAGGGUGGCCAUGUGGCCGACUUUAGGGAAGGUAGCCCACUAUUUGAAAGGCUGUCCAGUCCAAGUUUAAAUGAACCAUAAGAUGGGUCAGCAGGAAGGACCUUGAAAUGCAGACAGCAGGCAUACAGGUCAACUGGUCUCAAUCUUUCCCACUGCAGUGAUAUGUACUGUAUUUAUAUUUCAAAGAUAGCAAUUACUUCUAAAUUUGCACCUACACAUAUAAACCAGCAUAUGCAAAUAUAAUGUAAACCAGUGUCCUCUUUUUUACAGUAACCUUUCUCCUCUCUCUCUCUCUCUUUUGGUAAUGCAUGUGACCACUCUAGAAGAGGAUGCCAAGACCUAGGCCUGCCUGCACUCUCUCUACCCACAAAACUGCCUCACCCAAAGCUGCCUUUCUUCUGGCAGGCAUUACUUUUGAUCAUAGAGCUUGACUGAAAGAAAAGCUUUCUGCGGAGGAGGGUUUUCUUUGCAGCAGAGGAAACUGGGAAGCAGGAGGGGAGGAUUCAAAACUCGCACCGACCUCUUAUCCCCACGCAAUUGACAAUAUGUCUACUGGUCUGCCACCAUUUUAUCUAUGCUAGGCUCUUAGCAGAUUGGUAAUCAAUGCCCAAAGUAUGCCAACAUCUCUUGGCUUCCUUCUGUUUAUGGUGGGAAACCAGUUAAGUUACACACACACACACACACACACACACACACACACUUAGGCCAUGCACUGCUAAAUUUCAGUCUGACCAAGUCAUACUGACCUGGAAUCCACAUACACAUCUAGGUAUUCACAAUUUCAGGAUGUAUGUGACCCUUUAAAAAGGCCUCUCAAAGUGGGGGGAAAUGAUUGUGGGAAUGCAUUUUAGCAAAUCACAAGGAGAUAUAAUUGCAGUUUUUUUUAUUAAACAAAAAUUCUCACAGGACAAAUGUGGUGGAGAGGUGUGUCUUUCUGUGGCUUAACAGUCAAGAAAAGCUCAAAUGUGCAUGCCCAAGUAUGUCCCAAUGCUGUGUGUGGCCUGUGGCUCCCUCCUUUUGGAAGCUCUGUUGUUGCAGCUGAUAGCCAAUGCAGCAUUUACUUGCUUAUUGGGAAGCAAUUGCUACUUGACUUGUCAACCGUCCUUCUCCCUUUGCUAAAGGAGGCUUACUGUGGGUUUAUGUGUGCCAUGGGUUCACCACCCCUGCUGA